AUGCAAAAAAUUAAGGCAAUCAAUGAAGAUGCAUGGAAAGACAUAAUGCAACUUCCACCAUCUAUGUGGACUAGGUCAGCAUUUCGCACUGAUACACAAUGUGACCUUCAAGUAAACAACAUGUGUGAGGCUUUCAACAUGGCUGUAUUGGAGUAUAGAGAUAAGCCUAUCAUAACAUUACUUGAAGGUUUGAAACAUUACAUUACAGCAAAAAGAGCAGCUGGGUGUUGGUUCGCAACUUGGCAUGGAGAUGAUGAUUUUAACUUGUUUAGUGUCACAAAUGGUGUAGAUACUUAUACGGUAAAUCUACACACAAAAACUUGUGCUUGUAGUAAGUGGGAUUUGACCGGUAUUCCGUGUUGCCAUGCUCUUGUUUGCAUAUGGCAUAACAAAGCUGAUCCAGAAUCGUACGUUUCACCUUAUUAUAGGAAAACAAACUUCUUGACAUGUUACUCUUACAUUAUAAUGCCAUCAAAUGGACCAAAACUUUGGCAUGCAUCAAAUGGAGAUCCUAUAAAUCCCCCAAUCAUGAGAAGAGCACCGGGUAGACCAAAGAAAAAAAGGAACAAGUCCAAUGACGAGUCAAAAGGUUCUAACAAACUACCAAGACAGUUUGCAACUGUGAAAUGUAAGAACUGUGGGAAGCUUGGCCACAACACGAGGACAUGCAAGGGUAAAAGUGCAGCAGAUAGAGAGAUACCAAAAGGUGGAAAUAACAUCAACAGAACAAAGAGAGCAAAGACAACAAGGGUUGGAGGUGAUGAGGGAGAAACACCAACAAUUUUAUCUCAAGAUUCACAAGCUCCACAAAUUCAAGAUUCACAAAUCAAUUGAAGACACGAAACUUGUGAUUUUUAUUUUGGUUAUUAUGAAUAUGUAAUCAUACUUGGACCUAUAUAAUUUGGUGACUAUGAAUAUGUACUUUUAUUUUGGUUACUUGUGAAGGAACAAUUUUAUUUUGUAAUGCAUUAGUAUGACAUUUUGUUGGACUUA